GUCUGAAAUGUGUACGAUUGGGAAAUUUGUUUAUCGAAAAAAACCCCGAGAAGUUUGCCCCGUUUAGGAAACUGUUUCAAAUUGGAGGCGAAUCUAGAUGGAAAGUGAUCAAGUCUGAAGAAUUGGUUUACAUUCGAAGCGAGGUAAUAUUCGUGUGAUAUAGGAAACUGGCUUGCCAGGCGGGGCAAUUCCUUUUUCAAUUUCGUCGAACUUUUUCAUCCGGCCGGAAAAAAUCAUCUGAACAAGAACAUGGAAGAGGGCAAAUUUUAAAGGGCUAUUGAAACAAUGAUAAUCAAGAAGUACAACAUAUCACCUGAUGAUUACCGAGUGUUGGAAACACUUGUACUCAAGGCGGAGCCGCAUAAGGCUGGUAGACAGUGGAAGUUUGCUGGUGCCUUUUAUUAUGCCACAACAGUCCUUACUACAAUAGGUUAUGGUCAUUCUACACCCAACACAAUAGGCGGUAAGCUGUUCACCAUGUUCUACGCUAUAAUUGGAAUUCCAUUGGGCCUAGUUAUGUUCCAAAGCAUUGGCGAACGUGUGAACAAGUUGUCAUCAGUAGUUAUUCGCCAUGUGAAACGGUUAUUAGGGUGUCGGAACAUUGAUGCUUCAGAAAUAAACCUUAUAUGUGUUGUGACUACUUUAAGCAGUUUGACUAUCGCGGGUGGUGCCGCAGCAUUUAGCCGGUAUGAAGGUUGGACUUACUUCGAUUCGGUGUACUACUGCUUCAUAACUCUAACGACCAUCGGCUUUGGAGACAUGGUGGCAAUACAGAAGGAUGACGCACUCGACAAAAAGCCCGAAUAUGUUGCCUUUUCCCUCAUAUUCAUAUUGUUUGGUCUCGCCAUCGUUGCAGCCUCGCUCAAUCUUCUGGUUCUACGUUUUGUCACAAUGAACACAGAAGAUGAAAGACGGGAUGAAGCUGAAGCCUUGCAAGCAGCGCAAGGAGCAGUUAGGUUAGAGGGAGACGUGAUUACUGCAAACGGCUCAUUAACGAGUGGCCGCCCUUUAGGAGAAUCGAGCUCAGUCGGCGAUACCGGGUCUGUGUGCAGUUGUACUUGCACGUGGAUGCCCAAGUAUUCCCCGAGACUUACUCUUCAGCCCCUUCCUCCCCCGACACCACCACUGACCACUGCCAUCUCCUCUCAUCGUUCGUCUAUAUGACCACCGCCUCAUUCAAAACACUAUGGUCAUGCAGUUAUCUUUUUUAAAACAUACAAUUUUGACGCUUUAAAGUAAUGUAUAAAAUCAAAUAAACUAAAGUGCUAUUUUAUGUUGUAAGUUUGCACUGUAAUUAAGGUCAUUUGAAGUACUAUAACCAACGAAUGGAAAGAAGAGAGUUCAUUUAAAAUCUUUUUCGUUUAUUGCAACAGUUCACUGAGUUUUCAUGCUUUUUUUUAAAUUUUAUCCUGGGAGACAUGUUAAGCACAUAACUUUUUUUUAAAUUUUCAUAUAAAUGUAAAAGACAUUUUGUCCCUGCAAACAAAUAUUUAUGUUUUUAAAGCACAAUUUGUACAUAGGUUUAAUUUCAUUUAUUUAAAAAACCUUUAAAUUGACUACUAACUUGUAGUUCCAAGGUGGUUCAAAUAUUUAACGUUUAUCAUUGAUAUUUCUUUUUUAAUAAUACAAUCCAAUUUUAUUAUCAGGAAAUUUACACAUAAACUAAUGCAAUUAAUUCUGACGCAAUUUGCAUAAACAUAAAUAUU